CCCAACACACGCCUUGUACUCGAGUGUGCGCAUGAUGCGCUCGAAGACGCUGGCUUGACAACUGCGCAGAUGGAGGGUAGCUCGACGGGUGUCAUCGUAGGAGCCAAGCCUGAAGAUCACUGGGACAAGCUGACUACUGCAGCAUCCCCGGGAGCAAGUCAAUAUGAUCGCUUUUACAUCAGUGGGGCAGCUCACAGCACAACGAGCGCACGAGUCGCCCAUUGGCUAGGGACGACGGGGCCAAUCUCUACGGUAGACUCAGCAUGCGCAAGUGGCAGCAUGGCGCUGCAUCAAGCAAGGUUGCUGAUCGAGGCGGGAGACUGCGAAAUGGCCAUCGUAGCCGGCGUCACAACACACCUCUGGCCUGGCCCGCUGCUCGCCCUCUCUGACGCUCAAAUGCGCUCACCGAGGUCACAAGGCGGCUGUCUAGUCCUCUCGUCCGAGGCAGACGGGUAUGUCCCCUCUGAGGCCUGCGUCGCCUUCAUUCUAGCCAAGCGCAGUACGGCGGACCGACUGGGUCUGCGAACACGCCUUGAGCUCCUCUCCUCUCGCGUCGGGCACAACGGACGCAACACCAACGGCAUCGUAGCGCCUUCGUGCCGGGCUCAAGAGCAGCUACUCUCCUCCAUCCUCGAGGGCCGCAGCCUCUCUGACGUCACCUUGCUUGAGCUUCACGGGACAGGC